CCACGGUCACUCUACCUUAACAAGCUUCCUCACCCCAAACAAACCAUUUGACGACCAUUACAGUCGCCAAUUACGCACCUUUUCAUCACACAAACAGAAAGAGAAAGAUAAAUUAUCAGUCAACAUGUCAAUGUUCUUCGGUCAAAAACCUCAAAUCUCUUCGGAGCAAAAGAUUGCGCAGGCGGAAGCUGAGAUUGACAUGGUGAGCGACAUGUACAGCCGCCUCGUCAAGUCUUGCACAGCCAAAUGCAUAGACACAAACUACCGGGAAGCCGAUCUCAACAAGGGCGAAUCCGUCUGCCUCGACCGCUGCGUAUCCAAGUUCUUCGAAGUCAACGUCAAGGUUAGCGAGAAGAUGCAGGGAGAGGCACAAGGAAAGCAGGGUGGAGGUGGCGGCAUGUUCGGUGGUGGAAUGUAAGGAAAGUCUUGUUAUAUUGAAGAGGUGAAUAUGAAAGUUAGGCGAUAUACGGGCAUGUCUAGUUGUGCUUGUGCUGGGCCGCUGGACAUGGACAUUCGAGGCCAGGACACCUUGCUAUGGGGACGGUUGCUGCUGCAUAGAUCUUUGGAACGGUCGGUGUUC